AAUAAACAAAAGCAUCAAAGCCUAUAGAAAAUUCAAAAAUUUUCUCACCUAAGGGGUAAGGUCUUCCCUUCCCCAGAACCUUUUACCAACAUAAUUUUUCUCCAAAAAUAAACAAAUUUUACUCUCUGAAUUUCCAUCUAAAUUCCACAAAAUAUAUUACUACUGACAAUUAAUCCCUUAUAUUGUUAAGGCAUUGAUGUCUCUUGAUGAAACCUGAACCACUUUCAUCUCUCAAGGUAAUUAUAUAUAAUAUGUUGGUCGCUAAUUCCUAUUUCUAUUGAUAUUUCAUCAUUCAAAGGAUGUAGAUUAAUUGACAUUCAUGUAGCAAAUAGCCAUGAAUUCUAUGUAUUUUUCAAGUAUAUGAGAAAUGCCUCAUCGUGUUACGGCGAGGGCAAAAUCAUUUUCUUCUCAACCAUCCAUUGCUCAAAAAUUAAAAGAUGAUCCUGUAGAUCCAAAAAAUGCUCAGGGUAGCGUUACAUGUGUUUACCAAUCUCAUAUCGGGGGAUAUUGGCGUAAUGUGACUGUUAUAUGGAGAAAAAAUAUGAUGAAUCAUUGCCUUACCAUAUCUGUUGAUAGCGUAGAAAAUGAAGAUCAUCAAACUUGCAAGAUUGAUCUUAAACCUUGGCAUUUUUGGGCUAAAAAAGGUUACAAGACAUUUGAGGUUGAUGGAAAUCAAUUGGAGGCUUAUUGGGAUUUAAGAUCAGCAAAAUUUUCUGGUAGUCCUGAACCUUGUAAAGAUUUUUAUGUCGCGUUAAUUGCAGAAGAAGAAGUUGUUUUAUUAUUAGGUGAUUACAAGAAAAAAGCUUAUAAGAGAACAAAAUCAAGGCCAGCUCUUGUAGAUGCAUUGUUGUUUUACAAAAAAGAACAUGUUUUUGGUAAGAAGAGUUUCUCAACAAGGGCUAAAUUUGAAAACAACAAAAAAGAAAGUGAUAUUGUUGUAGAAAGUUCAACUUCAGGGCCAAGAGAUCCUGAAAUGUGGAUAAGUAUAGAUGGAAUUGUGUUGAUUCACAUAAAGAGUUUGCAAUGGAAAUUCAGGGGAAAUCAAACGGUACUAGUCAACGAGCAGCACGUACAAGUGUUUUGGGAUGUGCAUUCUUGGUUGUUUUGUGAACCUGGUUCUACUCAUGGAUUGUUCAUUUUUAAGCCAGGUGUGUCUGAAUUGGAAAGUGACAGAGACGGAAGUAGCGUUGGAGGUGACAGUGAUUGUAGCGAUCAUACUAAGUAUUUUUCAACGUUGAGUCACUCCAGAGCCUCGCCUUUUUGCCUUUUCUUGUGCGCGUGGAAGAUUGAGUAACGAUGAAAGAGAGAAGGAGAACAUGUGUAGGUGGUAUGGAAGUCCUAAAGGUAGACAUGAUGCAGAGAGGGAUACAAAUUGUAAACUUGAUGAGUUCAACCUUUAAGGUUCUCAGUAUUUAAAUUUGUUGUUGUUUAAGUGAAAUUUCAUUGUGUAUAUUUAUGUACUGUAUUGAAAACGAUUAGUUUAAUUGAACUCAUCAAAUCCAAGGUCCGUUUGCUUUUGGAGAGGGAUUGCCUCUGCAUCAAAGAAAAUUUCUUGUGGGAUUUGUUUGAGUAAGUUUAUGGGUUUUGCUUUUUCCUUUUUAUUAUCCUUCUCCAAGUCUAUGUGACUUUUGUAAAUUGUGUUCUGUAUAUUAUUCAGCAAUAUGACACCAGUAUUAGAACAUCAAAUGGUUGACAUUUUUUUCGA